AUGCCGAAGCGCAAUAAAUGGACGACUGGUGAAACGCUCGAAAUGUUAAGCAUAAUGCAGGAGCAGGAGUCUCUUAAGGCGAUGAACGGACGACCGUUUCGAAAGGAUAAGGCUUUCCGCUUCGUGCAGGAAGAAAUGGUCAGUCGCGGCUACCAUUACAAAGAUCCCAAGCAAAUAGAGUAUCGUUGGAAAAACCUUAAGAGACAGUAUACAGACUUGCAAAAGGACCCCAGCCUGGCAGAAACUCGCAGUUUCAUUUACUUCGACGAGAUCGAUCAAAUGAUACGGGGGAAGACAUCCAAGCCAUCUGUUAGCAACUACAAUGAGAUCAAACAGAUGGUGCAAAGGAAGACAUCCGAGGUUUCCGUUGACAACUAUGAGGAGAUCGAUCAAAUGAUCCAGAACAAGACAUCCGAAAUAUCCGUUGGCAACUACGACGAGAUCGAUCAUAUCAUGGAGGAGAAGACGUCCGAGGUUUCCGUAACCAACUACACCGAGAUCGACCAAAUGAUGCAUGAGAAGACAUCCGAGGCAUCCGUUAGCAACUAUGACGAGAUCGACCAAAUGAUGCCGGAGAAGACAUCCAUUGGCAAUACACGUUUGAUAGAGCUGAAUAUUUCCAAAGAAAACGUUCUUCAAAACCAGAAGCUGCUCAUCGACUACCAGUACAGUCUAUACAGCAAAUUACAUGAAGAGUCCGAUCAGAAGUUUCUAGACAUGAGUCGACAAAUGCUUGAAGAAUGUAAUGAACGGUUUCAAGUAUUUAUGACAAAAUUCAAUUCAGAUGCCUUGCAGUGA